AUGUCGGAUCAGUCCAGCGUCACUUCCACCGCAUCUCGGGCCCCUACCCAUCGUAGAGCCCUUAGGAUCCCUACCUCCUCUUCGUCUUCAUCUUCAUCUUCCCCUCCUCCUCUUUCCUCCUCUUCCGCUUCUAACCCCAACUUCCAUAUCCCCAACCUGCUCGAGCCCAUAAUCAUUAUGAGCUCUCCAUCUGUCCAUUCUCCUCCUGCCCGUAUCCUGGAGGAAGUGGCUGAGCUCGAUGCUCUCAUCGCGCAGCAAGCCACUUCCAUUCCUUCCCCCAAGUCCCCACAUGACUCCCCUGACGAAACCCAGGGAGAGGCAGGUGAGGAUAGGGAUUCCUCCGAGGGGACCCCUGCUCCUGAGUAG